ACAAUUAAAAAUAAGCGUCAACAGUGUUGUAUUUCGUGAUGGCGAAGUGUUGCGAAUGCGGAAAAAUUGUGUCCAAGAAGGAUUCUGGAUUACAGUGUAGUACGUGCAAUAAAUGGUGGCACGGUAGAUGUGUAUCCAUAACUAAUGAGCAGCUGGCCGCGCUAGUAUCAACCGACGCGGCAUGGAAAUGCCGGAAAUGCACGGGGACUACCAAAAACAAACGAAUCUCCAUAAUACUACCAGACCCAGUUGAGGACGACAACAACAGCGAAGUUAUGACACCAGAACCGGAGCGUCACAACAAAGACCAGCUCGUCAAAGAGAUACGUCAACAAAUUAAGGAAAUUUGGAAAGACGAAUUAACUCGACAAAUAGGACUGGUGCUCGAGAAAGAACUAAAGAGUCAGCUACAGUUCUACUCUGAUAAGAUAGAUGACUAUCAAGAAUCCCUAGACUCAUUUAAGGAAAAAGCAAAGAGGGUAGAAAACGAAAACAUAGACUUGAAAAAUAAACUCAUUAACAUGAAAAACAAAGUAGAACUCCUCGAACAAAAGGUCCAUACCAUGGAACAAGUCCAAAUGGGAAAUCACCUGGAAAUAUGCGGCAUACAAAAAACGGAGGGUGAAAACCUGAAGGAUAUUGUGAAAAAAAUCGCUGAAAAAAUAAACCAGGACCCCGACGACGUCAUACAGACAUACAGAAAAGCCAGUAAGGCACCAGAUGGGCAGAAAAGGAAUUUAGCCACAGUAGUGGUCACACUUCGCGAAGGACGGCGGGACAAGUGGCUGGACGAAUCCAAAACCACCACCCUCACAGGGCGCGACCUCGGGAGACCGGAAGAUUACAGGAUCUUUAUGCGUGAGGCCUUAUCACCCACGACCGCCUACCUACUCUGGAAAGCCAAGUCGGAGCUAAAGGAAACCAAUAUGUACAAGUUUGUAUGGUGUAAAAAAGGAUGCAUACUUAUCAAGAAGGACGAACAAGGUAAAACACACCCUAUAAGAUCGGUGAGUGAUAUUGAAUAUUGGGCUUCCAAAACGGAGUGACAGUGACUCUUCACACCUAUAAAGACAUCUAAAUGCCUACCUAUAGAAAAAUUGUUAAAUGUCUAGCUCACUCAACAUCAACGAAGGUACUUUCAGCAGUUGGAACGAUUAUAUAAGUGCUAUUCCAACAGCAUGUCGAUAUCUUAUUACACUGCAUGUAAACAUAAGAUCGAUGUUAUUAAAUUUCUCGCAUUUAGAAUACAUAGUUACACAUAGUAGUCGCAUAAUAGACUUAAUUGUACUUACGGAAGUUAAUAUAUUCGAUACAUGUAAAUCAUUAUUUAAUUUAGCGGAUUAUAACAUGCAUACUAAUCUUAGAAAAAACCGGAAAGGUGGGGGAAUAAUAUUAUAUGUACGCAAAACCAUCCCAUUUACCCUGAUCCCUCAUGCGUCUUUACAUUUUGAAUCGUUAUGCGGGCGCAUAGACAUAAACAACAAAGAAAAAAUCAGUAUCUGUGCGGUGUACCGACCGCCCGAUAAAUGCAAAUCGCACUUUGUAAACGAGUUAUGUACAACUAUAAACCACAUCUCCGACAAAAAUAAAGUAAUAAUUAUUGGGGACAUGAAUAUUGACUUGAAAAAACAAAAUAGUAUUAAUAUUAUGUAUUUAAAUAAACUUUCUGAACUAGGACUACAAUGUGGCAUAAGUCAAUUCACCCGAGAGGAAAGUAAAGGAAACAUAAUAUCGAGAUCCUGUAUAGAUCAUAUCUUUUUAAGGCCGAUUAAUUGCCACCCAGUACAUACCGGGGUCAUUAACAUAUCUAUUGCGGAUCAUUACAUAACAGGCUGUGCGCUAGCGAUAGCCGGCGCAAGCGCCCGUGC